AUGAAAUUAAUUAGAUCGAUUAUAUAUUGUUUAACAUUUGUACAGUAUGCACAUUUAAUUGCUCCUCUAUGGUGGGAUAUUGGUUUGCAACAACAGCAAAAAUCUUCUAUUUCAUCUAAUCCAUAUUUUAAUCUUGAUCAACAACAACAACAAAUUACCGAAUUUUUAGACGAUCCUUCACAAUAUUGUUCAUCAUUAACCGGAUUAAGUACCGGUCAAAAACAAAUAUGUUUAUUACAUGCCGAUCAUAUGCCAAUUGUCAGUCAAGGCACAGCAAAAGGUAUUCAAGAAUGUCAAUUUCAAUUUCAAGAUAGACAUUGGAAUUGUUCAAUUGUACAUGAUGGAACAGUGUUUGGAGGCGUUUUAAAACAAGCUAAUCGUGAAACAGCAUUUGCUAAUGCCAUCUCUUCAGCUGGUGUAACGUAUGCUGUAUCGCGUGCUUGUAAACAAGGACUAUUAAAAUCAUGUACAUGUAGUCGAACAUCAAGACCAAAAAAUUUACCUAGAGAUUGGUCUUGGGGAGGAUGUGGUGAUAAUGUUGAUUAUGGUUAUCGAUUUUCUCGUGAUUUUGUUGAUACACCAGAGAAUGAAAUUAAACUUGAUAUAUUACCAAUUUCUCCGAUUCUAGUCGAUACAAUAAAUAAUACUCUAACAUUAAAUGACUAUUCGAUAAUUAAUGAUCAUUCAUUAUUGAAAAAAAGACGAGAAAUGAAUCGUCGAAAAGUACGACGACAAAUGAAUUUACAUAAUAAUGAAGCCGGGCGAAGAGCUGUUUAUCGUUUAACACGUGUCGUCUGUAAAUGUCAUGGAGUAUCGGGUUCAUGUUCAUUACGUACAUGUUAUCAACAACUACCAACAUUUCGUGAAAUUGGCUUAUUUCUCAAAGAAAAAUAUGAUAGUGCAGUGGAAGUACGUUUUAGUGGUCAUGGUGGUAAUAAAAAUCGACAACAACAAACACAUCCACAAAUUCGUACACGUGAUCGACGUUUUGCUGGACCAACUAAAGAUGAUCUUAUAUAUAUUCAUGAAUCAAAUUUUUGUGAUUAUAAUCCGAGAAUUGGAUCAUUUGGAACAAAAGAUCGUCUAUGUAAUAAAACAUCGCAUGGACCAGAUAGUUGUAAGGCUAUGUGUUGUGGGCGUGGAUAUAAUACUAUUCGAAAAUAUGUACAAGAAAAAUGUAACUGUAAAUUUGUUUGGUGUUGUUCAGUUCAGUGUUCAACAUGCACUAGGCUAAUUGAAAUACAAGUUUGUAAAUAA